AGACUGGUUAUUGGAUCUAUAAUUGGGCUUUAUUGGGCCAUUCUUAGAAUCUCGUUAACAUUGUCACAGCGGAGGUCGAUAACAAAAAACGGCACCGUUUCAUGGGAGCUACGACUGUUUUGUUGUGUUUUGAAUUCAGGUUUUGGCUUACCGAGAUGGCUAAGAGAUUCACAGCACAGCUCUUCGUUAGCAGACUCUCUGCUUACACCACUGAUCAAUCACUGAGGCAACUGUUUUCACCUUUUGGUCAGAUUACAGAAGCUCGUCUUAUCAGGGACCAGCUAACACAGAGACCUAAAGGUUUCGGCUUCGUCACUUUUAAGUCUGAGGAUGAUGCACAAAAGGCGUUAAAAGCUUUGAAUGGGAAGAUUGUUGAUGGCAGAUUAAUAUUUGUGGAAAGUGCAAAGGAAGUAGAACCACCAACAACAAAUACGAAGAGUGACCAGGCUUGAAGAAGACACAC